UGAUUCUCACUCGACAAUUGGGAGGGACGAAUAUUAAACUGAGACAAAAGUUCUGCACUGCUGAGUUAGUUGAAGAGGUUGUUUUUCUUGCGAUCAGUUUCGCCUUCUUAGAAGUCGAGAUGUCAGUGGCUGUAAGUUCCAAGCUGAACAAGACAGUGAGGGAGCAGUACCUGAAACUGCCUCAGGAGGGGAAGGUACAGGUUACCUACGUAUGGAUCGAUGGCACUGGAGAAGGUCUUCGCUGUAAAACCAAAACCCUGGACUCGGAACCUCGGACCAUUAAAGAUAUUCCCGAGUGGAAUUUUGAUGGAUCCAGUACCUAUCAGGCGGAAGGUUCUAACAGCGACAUGUUUCUGAUUCCGGUCCGCAUCUUUCGGGAUCCCUUCAUCCUGGAUCCGAACAAACUGGUGCUUUGUGAGGUUCUGAAAUACAAUCGGACACCAGCAGAGACCAACUUGAGGCACACCUGUAAUGAAGUGAUGCAGAACGCGAAGGACACCCAUCCCUGGUUUGGUUUGGAGCAAGAGUAUACUCUGUUGGGAAUCAAUGGGCACCCUUAUGGCUGGCCUCAAAAUGGAUUUCCAGGACCACAAGGACCAUACUAUUGUGGAGUUGGAUCAGAUAAAGUCAAUGGUAGAGAUAUAGUGGAAGCCCACUAUAAAGCAUGCCUCUAUGCUGGAGUGAAGAUAUCAGGCACCAACGCUGAAGUCAUGCCAUCACAGUGGGAAUAUCAAGUGGGGCCAUGUGAAGGGAUUGAAAUGGGAGAUCAUUUGUGGAUUUCCAGAUACAUUCUUCAUCGCAUUUGUGAAGACUUUGGGGUUGUGGCUACAUUUGAUCCAAAGCCAAUGACCGGAAACUGGAAUGGAGCUGGAUGCCAUGCUAACUUUAGCACAGAAGCGAUGCGAAAGAAAGGAGGCCUUCAGCAUAUUGAAGAAGCAAUUGAAAAGCUGGGUAAGAGGCAUGCACACCACAUCCAUGUGUAUGAUCCAAAAGGAGGACUGGAUAAUUCCAGAAGGCUAACUGGACAACAUGAAACCUCAAAUAUCAAUGAUUUCUCUGCUGGAGUUGCAAACCGUGGAGCGAGCAUUCGAAUUCCUCGUCAAGUUGGACAAGAUCAGUGUGGUUACUUUGAGGACAGAAGACCAGCUGCAAACUGUGACCCUUAUGCUGUUACUGAAGCCCUUGUCAGGACUUGUGUCCUAAAUGAAAAUUAGCUGCUGUGUUGUACUGAGAUUUGGCACGAGAGCACCAGAAUCUUCUGUAGUUGUAGUAUUUUAUCUUGACCAAAAUGGUUCUUUUAACCACCCGAAUGGUGAUGGUCACUAUUUCUAUUUGAAAACUAAAUUUUUACUUGUAUGUAUAGCACACUAAAUAUUCUUGGUUAAUUCUUCAAUGGACAGUCUCAAAACCUGAAUAUCCAAAUGAGAAAUUUGAGCUUGAAUCACAUGCAACUAAUUAAAUCAGAUUCACUUAAAUUUUUUUUAAAAUUGAAUUUAAAUCAGACAAAAGUUUAAAUAUCCUCUGCUCAAUUUAGUUUCAAUAUGAAUUAUAUGGAGGGGAUAUUGUUUUAACUUGUGUUGAAGCUGUUAAGUUGCAAAUGACUGACUGUAGUUAUAAGUGGAAUAACUUUUUAUUGUUCUGACAUUCCCUGUUUUUUGUCUGUCUGUCUUUGUGCACAAAAUAACAUCCAGAGCCUAGUAUCUCUUCACCAAGUCACCCUUUUUUUAUUUACAUAGGCAUAGGCCUUGACACUAACCUAAUUAGCUAAGAGUCAGCCCCUUGGGUAAGCAGAAUUCCUGACACUCCUGUUUAUAUCUGGGCCAUAGGGCUGUUCUUUUUCCUGUGGCUUCUCUGGGGUGUUUUCACAUUAUGUCUGGUUCCUCCAAGUCUGCCUUGGAUACUGGCGGCAGGUCCUGGACUCUAGCCUGCCUCUUACAAGCUGCACUAGGUGUAAAAAAUUCAUUAGGUAAAAACAAUGACUGUAGAUGCUGGAAACCAGAUUCUGGAUCAGUGGUGCUGGAAGAGCACAGCAGUUCAGUCAGCAUCUAAAGUGCAGCGAAAUUGACGUUUCUGGCAAAAGCCCUUCAUCAGUAAGAAAUUCAUUAUCCAGUUGUAGUAGUGCAGAGGAUACAACAGUGGCCAUGUCCAUGUCUUCCUCUGAGGUUCCUACCAUAUUAGGAGGGGGCCUAGGCCUGUUUUAUUCCUACCCUGUUUUGAGGUUGUAGUUUUCAUGUGGUCCAUGUGCUUGUUCAUGAUUGGUUCUCCUAAGUGAACUUUUGUAUGUCAGCUAACUUGAUCUCAUGUAGACCAUGCCCCUUACCCAUACAGAGCCCUUCCUGUGGUUUGGACAUCAAACUUAGUCACCUGAAAUAAGACUCCUUCAAGUGGGAGCAGUAGUUUAUGGCUAGCAUUGGCAUUUCAUGAGGCCAUUUCAUUUGUCUUCCAAUGUCCUACAAGACAAGUAAAUUUCUUUUUUUUUGGUCCACAGGGCUGGCCUUACAAGGCAGGGUAUAAGUAACAAUGCCACUGCCUCAAAUAGCUCAGAGCAGAACCCCUGACAGCCCAUAGCUGUCUGUGUAUAUGUAGUGACACUGUAAAAAGAUCAUGUGAUUAGUGCAAAUUAAAGUCUAAUUCACCUGAUCAUUAAAAGGCAGUAUAAACACCCACACCUAAUAUAUACAUGGUCAAUGGACUCCACAAAGCUUCAAAAUAAUCUGUUGGACUGGGAAUCUGUGAACCACCGCAAUCUGCAGUUGUAAGGGACUGGUAUGUGCAACACUUUCCACCUCCGGACUCUUCCCUCUGGGACCUGCAUAGAGAGUCCUCCCCUGGGGAUCCCUUUCACUCGGCAGUAAAUGAGCAUGCUAAGACAUGUCCGGGCAGUGGAUGAAAGAGUGGAGGCGGAUGGUAUCCAGUAGUAGUGUGUACAGAGCCCAUUAUUGUGCCUCCCUGAAAAACAUACAACACAUAUUCCAAAGCAGUUUAAGCAGUGAGGCACAGGCUUGUCCCAAUUACCUGAUAGAGGAGCAGCGCUCCGAAAGCUAGUGUGCUUCCAAUUAAGCCCAUUGGACUAUAACUUGGUGUUGUGUGAUUUGUAACCCUGUAACUCAUAAGCUUCACUUGCCGCAUUUUCUAAUGACAAAGCCAGUUGUAGUCCUUGUUUGAAGUUCAGUUGGGCUUCAGCUGGUAGACACUUCUGCAUGGUCACAUCAUUAAUCCCACUUACCAAAUGGUCUCUCAGCAUCUCACUCAGGGUUAAACCAAACCACAUUCAUCUGCCAGUCAUCUUAACCACAUCAAAAAUCCCGAUAGAUUCCCUGGUUCUGGAAUUGCCAAGUAAAACAGAUGGUAACUCAGAAUUAGAGGGGGCUUGGGGGUUGUAAUAUUCCUUAACUGAAUCCAUCAACUCUUGAAAGGUUUUCAUACUUAGUGCCUCCAGAAAUGUAAGACUUCUAAUAACCAAAAAAGCUGCAGGUCCACACACUAUCAGGAGAAUUACUCAUUGCUUGUUGUCUGCCCCAAUGUCAUUUGCCCGUAAAAUAUAACACAUUAUUUCCACAUACUGGGCCUAGUCUUCGUUGGCAGGACCAAAUGAGCCAAACUUGCCAAAUAACAGAAUGAUGCCAGAAAUGCUUACCCCAACUCAAAGAUGACCAUUGUGAGCAAAUUUCUUCAGGGAUGUGUUUUCCGGUCAUUGCAACUGAAAUAACUCCACGAGGGCUGGUAUCCAGUCACUAAGUUACCCUUUAUUUCCACAUUACACUGACCCAGCUAGCUCGGAGCUGGCUCCUAAAGUGACUAGAACCCUUGACAUUGCUGUUUAUUUUUUUUCUCUUGCGGCAAAAGACAACGGGAAGAUUCCACUUUCUUUUUUCCCUUUUUUUUCGAAACGUGGGGCAGCUAGUCCAGGGAUAGUCCCCUUCCCCUCUGACACCUUCAAGCAGGAGAGUCCUUGCACAGGUGCACACCCUCUCACUGAUCCAGCACUCAAGUCAAGGGAAAACACCUGAGUGGUCCAAGAUUCCACUUUCUUUUUUUAUAUUUUUAAAUUUUUUUUUAACCCCCACACUACCGCCUAACUGCGGUAGUGCUUAUUUUUCCCCCAGCGCCCAUGGUGUGUGUGUGCAGGGACAUUGCUGUUUAUAUCUAUCAGUCAGGACUCCCUAAUUGGAGCAGAUUAACAGCCCCAAUCAGGGAACUCAUAUUUUAUGAUAUCCACCUGGCUGACCUCGUUCCAAUCUCUUCAGUUUGGAAUAAAGAUCUUUUGAGCAGGAGUACUUUUUCCACAUCACUUGGUUUGUUUUAUCACAUCGCUAUGCUCUUUACCACUUCCCUCAGCUUUUGUACUGAACUUGUAAUGAGAAAUAUGUUGCCACAGUGCCCCCUGCAGGGACAGUGAGACCUGUGCAAUCUCCUUUUCCAAUUAGUUUUCAUUAAAAUGUGCAGCAUUAAAAUUAAGGAAAUGUUAUACAAUUUGGGACUGAAUUCAUAUUCUAAUCUACAAAUAUAGAGAGAAUGAGAUUGAGGGAAAGUGAUUUUUAAAAAAAAUUCUGAAGAUUUUCAAUCUUUCAAUGUAGCUCUCUUUGUAAAGAAACUUUUACAUCCAGUAAUUUUGCUUCAAUUAAGACUUACCAUGAUAUUUAAAGAGCCAAUUCCAUUAGGAUGCUAAUUUUUUUUUCCCUAGCUGUUUUAUUGGAUAUCACUUAGGACAAACACGUCAUAUCACCCAAUAACUUGCUUCUUUAAUCUAGUAUCUAUGGAUCUUAUGACAGGUCCAUAGGCAAUGUACAAGAGCGCCCACCUCUAUUUUACAUUUGGGACACAUUGGAGAUGCUCCUGCCUUAAAUUUUGCCAAUCGAUCCGGUGCUACAUGGGCCAUAUGAAGUAUCUUCAGCUGGAUAACCUGAGUUCUGUUGCAGGUGAUGAUUCUUCUGGUGUUUUCCCAAAUGUCAUUCCACGUUUCUAUAGAGAUUUCUAGUCCCAAAUUCUGAUCCCAUGUUUUAAGCAGAUUGUCCAUAUCUCCCGAUACUUCAUCAUGUAGUAAAUGAUAAAUAGUACUGACGGAACAUACCCGCAUUGCUCGUAGCACUCUACAUUCUCUAUCUGAUUUAUAAAGACUAUCUAAUAACGUAGUCUUCUUCUGUAGAUAAUCUCGAAUUUGGAAGUAUCGAAAGAAGUCUCCAUUAGGUAAUCCGAAUUUCUGACGCAGCUAUUCAAAAGACAUCAGGACCCCUUCUUUAAAUAUAUCCCCUAGACAUGAGAUAUCCCGGGAUCUCCAGAGUUUAAAAGUGGCAUCUGUAAACCCCAGUUGAAAUCCCUAUGCUCCCACUAUCGGAGCAUAGGGGAAUGUUUUAUGUGAGUUGCCCUCAUUUUGCCGCAUUGUAUUCCAAGCUUUAAUUGUGUUUAGUAUUAUAGGGUUUUUACAGUGAUCCGUAAUGAUUUUCCUUUUGUCUGAAAAUAAAAGGUUAAUAAGUGGGCAUUUUACUUGAGAAGCCUCGAUGUCCAGCCAGAUUGAUUAUGGGUCAGACAAGACCCAAUCAGCUAACUUAAUGGGGAACUUAACUGAUAUUUCCUAAAAUCUGGGAAGUCCAAUCCUCCCCUUGCCUGUGGAAGCUGUAGCUUCUUCAGCUUAAUGAGGGGCCGUCUAUGAUUCCAGAUAAAGGAACCCAGCCAGCCAUAUCAUUUACGUAGUGCCAGCCUCGGCAGCAUCACUGGAAGCAUCCUCAUAGGGUAUAGGAGAUGGGGCAGGACAUUCAUUUUAAUUAGUGCUAUUCUACCCAGCCAGGAAAUUGGAAGGUCUCCCCAUCGCUGGAGGUCCUGCCUUAUCCUUUCCAGUAAAUGCACAAAGUUAGUCUUGUAUAACUGACCAAAUACUGGGGCAAUAAAAAUGCCUAAAUAUAAGAAACCCUCCAGGGACCACUGAAAGGGAAAGUGGGAUCCAUCCACUAAGUGGGGUGUCAUAGCAAGGCAACUCAUUAGCAUAGCCUCCGAUUUUGAGAAAUUAAUUUUAUAGCCUGAGAAUGCACUAAAUGUAUUAAUAACUUGGAUUAAGCGAGGCACAGACAUCAGAGGAUUACUGAGGAAUAGAAGAACAUCAUCUGCAUAAAGGGUAAUUUUAUGUUUAGCUGUACCAAUCCUCGGGGCCGUUAUAUUAGGAUCAGCCUGUAUAGCUUCUGCUAGUGGUUCAAUUAUUAGCGUAAAUAACAAUGGCGAGAGAGGAUAUUCCUGACGGCAGCCCCUAUCCACACUGAAGCUAUCCGAACCUAAUCCAUUGGUAACCACAACUGCUUUGGGAUCACUAUACAAUGUUGAGACCCAUUUGACCUUUCCAACGCCAAACCUUUCCAAUGUGUAAAACAAAUAUGACCAUUAAACGCUAUCAAAUGCCUUUUCCGCGUCUAAUGAGACUACUACUCCUGAUAUUUUUCCCUGAUGGCAGGCUUGAAUCAUAUUCAAAACCUUUCUAAUAUUACUAGAUGAUCUACGGCCCUUAAUAAACCCCGUCUGAUCUUCCUUUAUGAUAGGUGGCAAUACCCUUUCUAGUCUCAAUGCUAACGUUUUAGAAAGGAUUUUGAAAUCUACAUUUAGCAAGGAUAUUGGUCUGUAUGAUGCGCAAUCUUCUGGGUCCUUUCCUUUUUUAAGGAAAAGAGAGAUAUUUGCCUCUUUCAACGAAGGCAGGAGACAGCCCUGACUGUAUGCGUAGUUAUACAUGUCCAUAAGUGGACCAGCCAAUAUUCCUGUAAAUUCUUUAUAGAAUUCAGCUUGAAAACCAUCUGGGCCAGGUGCCUCACCGCUCCGAAGUUGCCUAAUUGCGUCAAGUAUUUCUUGGACUGUUAGGGGAGCAUUUAAGACCGAUACCUGUUCCGGAGUUAGGUCCGGAAAGGUCAAAUUUUUACAAAAUGAUUGCAUCCUCCUAGUCCUGUCUUCACAAUCCUGUGAUUUAUAUAAACCAGAAUAAAAUUUUCUAAAGA